AUGGUGAACUCACAUGGAAUACGGUACAUUCGACUGAAGCAGGUCUUCAAUCGUGCUUUAGACCAAUCGAUCUCGAAAUUACAGAGUUGGGACAAAGUAAGUUCAUGCUUCCCACAAUACGUGAAUAGCAAACAGGGCGCUAUAAACGUAGCAAAUUGCCAACGUCAAUUGACGGAAUUCUGGACUGAGCUAUGCCAGCGAGAGUUCAAAGAGAUCAUGGAGGAACGAAAUGUGGAAGAGAAACUAAAUGAGUUAGAUGAACUAAUUCUGGAAGCCAAAGAGCGAUACACGAAUCGUGAGCAAGAUGAAACAAAAAAAGGACCUGCAAUUGACGAACUCUCCAGCAAAGAGCUCGUAGAAUGUCACAUAUAUAGCCAGCGGGUUCAUGCGAUGCACGAGAUAGACGAGCGGCUGGCGAAGGUGAAUGAGAUGAACGAUAUGUUAGCACAGGAGUUGAAAGAGCUCGAGACGCAAGUGGAAGCAGAGAAAAAGGAAAUAGACAAGAUGUGCGACGAGUAUCUCGGUUCACACAAGGACCAACCAGUCAAUGUGCUGCUGGUACAGAGCCUAAACGACAUGGUAUUGGAACUGAAAGAAAACUAUUGA